UGAUUGGUGACGAAGGCAGCGUUUAUUUUGGCCCUGCUACUCAUUUGUCUCAGUGUCGCCGCCAUUAAACAACACGGAGGCAAUGUAAACCAUGGAGUAUCGCGGAUUUAUGCCAUGAUUCGAGGCGCACAGAGGCUUUGCCAAGCUGUGGUUUACUCUGCGAGGGGUUAAUGUGUCCACAAAGGUAAACAUGUGAGAGACCAAAGGGGUCGAAAUAACUCGGAUUGGGAAAGGUUUGAUAGAGCAGGAGGAGGGGGGACUGGACGAGAAGGGUUUGUUGUGGUUUUUCAGCAGCACUCGAGAAACGAGCGCAGCCGCGAAACGGUGGAUCUAUCACCACAGUUUGACCAAACAAAGUGAUCCACAAUGACAGAACAGAAGGAAAAAUGGUCCUGUGACUACUGCACCUAUGAAAACUGGCCAUCUGCAAUCAAGUGCACGAUGUGCCGUGCACCGAGGUUGAGGGGUCCCAUCAUUACAGAGGAACCUUACAAGAUAGGCACUGAUCUGGAUCCCAGUCUGGAGUGGGACCCUCCCAGAACUGAGAGUGGCAGCAGCCUCCUCAUCUGCCCUGACUCGAGUGCCAGGCCCAGGGUCAGGUCAGCCUGCAUGUCCGAGAUUGCUAAUAAGUGGUCCUGCCAGAUGUGCACCUACCUGAACUGGCCCCGGGCCAUCCGCUGCACACAGUGUCUGUGUCAGCGUCCGAGGACCUGCAGCCCCACCGAGUCCCCCCAGACUUCAGGCUCCAACGCAGGCUGCCGUCCUGCUCUCCACUCCCCUGUGGACACCUGUGAGGAGUACAAUGACAGAAAUAGACUCAACACCCACCAGCAGCACUGGACAUGCACAGCUUGCACUUACCAGAACUGGCCCAAAACUACAAAGUGUGUGGUGUGUGACCACCCCAAGCCCAACAGCCAGGAAGCCAUAGAGCUGGGUGAGUCUGCAGAACCCUCACCUAUGAUAAAUGAGCAGGACAGGGCGAGGUGGAGGAGCGGUUGCAGUGGAGGCCAGGGCCAAAGGAGAUCCCCUCCUUUGCCCAAGAGGGAAGACAAUGUCAAAAUGGACUUCCAGAGGAUAGAGCUUGCAGCCGGAGCCAUGAGCAGCAAAGAUGAGCAAGAGAUCGACUUCAAGAAGCUAAAGCAGAUAAGAAACAGAAUGAGGAAAACAGACUGGCUGUUUCUCAAUGCAUGUGCUGGUGUGGUGGAGGGAGACCUGGCGGCGAUAGAAGCCUACAAGUCAUCCGGCGGUGACAUCGCCAGGCAGCUCACUGCAGACGAGGUGCAGCUUCUCAGCCGGUCUUCGGCGUUUGACGUAGGCUUUACGCUGGUUCAUCUUGCCAUUCGCUUUCAGAGGCAGGACAUGCUAGCCAUCCUGCUCACAGAGGUGAACCAGCAGGCAGCUAAGUGCAUCCCCUCCAUGGUAUGUCCCGAGCUGACGGAGCAGAUCCGUCGGGAGAUUGCCGCCUCACUACAUCAACGCAAGGGAGACUUCGCCUGUUACUUCCUCACUGACCUGGUCACCUUCACCCUGCCUGCAGAUAUAGAAGACCUACCGCCUGCUGUCCAGGAGAAGCUGUUUGAUGAGGUUUUGGAUCGAGAUGUGCAAAAAGAGUUGGAAGAGGAAUCUCCUGUCAUCAACUGGUCUCUGGAGCUGGGCACACGUCUGGACAGUCGUCUGUACGCCUUGUGGAACCGCACUGCUGGAGACUGUCUGCUGGACUCAGUUCUGCAGGCCACGUGGGGCAUCUACGACAAGGACUCUGUCCUCCGCAAGACCCUUCAUGACAGCCUGCACGACUGCUCUCAUUGGUUUUACACACGCUGGAAGGAGUGGGAGUCGUGGUACUCGCAGAGCUUCGGUUUGCAUUUCUCCCUGAGAGAGGAGCAGUGGCAGGAAGACUGGGCGUUCAUUUUGUCUCUGGCCAGCCAGCCCGGGGCCAGCCUGGAGCAGACACACAUUUUUGUUCUCGCACACAUUCUUCGCAGACCGAUCAUAGUCUACGGAGUGAAAUACUACAAAAGUUUCCGUGGGGAAACGUUAGGCUACACUCGUUUUCAAGGUGUGUACCUGCCUCUGUUAUGGGAGCAGAGUUUCUGCUGGAAGAGCCCCAUCGCUCUGGGCUACACGCGGGGACACUUCUCUGCCCUGGUGGCCAUGGAGAAUGACGGCUACGACAAUCGCGGUGCGGGUGCCAACCUCAAUACUGACGAUGAUGUCACGGUCACUUUCUUGCCACUGGUGGACAGCGAGAGGAAGCUGCUGCACAUUCACUUCCUGUCUGCACAAGAGAUGGGCAACGAGGAGCAGCAGGAGAAGCUGUUGAGGGAAUGGCUGGACUGCUGCGUGACAGAAGGCGGCAUGCUGGCAGCAAUGCAGAAGAGCUCUCGCCGCCGUAACCACCCCCUGGUCACCCAGAUGGUGGAGAAGUGGUUGGACAGAUACCGCCAGAUCCGCCCAUGUGCCUCUCUCUCUGACGGCGAGGAAGAGGAGGACGAAGACGAGUGAGUGAGGGGGGAUGUAGAGGGGGGGGGGGGGGGGG